CAGCAUUUUGAUUAUAGUAUCCCACCCGUUAGGUAUCAAAGAUUCAAAAGCAUUGAAAUGGAAAAGAAUUUGGAACUGUUGGUAUGAAGGAAGAGAAUGGAUAUCUGUAAAAAUGAUGGGAUGAUUUUCAAUAAUUAUAUUCCUCGUCAUAUUUUAGAAAAUGAUGUUGAAAACCUGUAGUUGUGAUUCACAGAGAUCAUAUAUUGAUUGGAUGAAAUCUGUAAUGGUGGGAGGCGCAUUGGGUUGGCAGGUGCAUCAGAGGCGCAACAGGGCGCUCUUGUUGAGCGGGGCUAUUCUUUUCUUCUUCAUCUUCGUCCUACGCCUCCACCUCACCAUCCCGUACUUCCCCUCCUCCCUAUCCGACGGCGUUUCUUCUCCUUCUUCUUCCUUCAACCGCGACUCAUCAUGCGUCUCCUUCCUCAACGACGUCGCUUGGGACCCCCAUAACAGCAGCAGCGACUAUUGGGCUCGGUCCCCUCAAGUGGUCGCCUGCCAGUUCCAGCGCCUCGCCCGCGCUAAUGCUUCCGAUUUAUUGAGUGGGUCGUGGGUCGUGGUCGCCGGGGACUCCCAGGCGCGGCUGUUUGUGGUGUCGCUCCUUGGUUUGGUUUUAGAUUCGGAGGAGAUGGAGGCUAUUAGAGGCGAUUUGUUUAAGCGGCACAGUGAUUAUCGGCACGUUGUGGGUGAAAUCGGAUUGAAAUUGGAUUUCGUUUGGGCCCCUUAUGAGGCGAAUUUAACUGGGUUGGUGAUGGAAUUCAAGCGGAACCUCAAUUACCCGGAUGUUUUGGUGAUGGGUUCGGGGCUGUGGCACAUGCUUCAUCUCACCAACUCCUCCGAUUAUGGGGUUUGGUUGAGGUCACUGAGGAAUGAAUUGGUUGGUUCGGGGUUUUCCGCUCACUUGUUUUGGCUAGGGAUGCCAAGGCUAAUAAACUCGAUGCUGAAUACAGAAGAGAAGAGGGUGAAGAUGAGUGAUGCUGUGGUGGCUGCUUAUGAUAGAGAGAUUUACCAAAGUAUCCUAUUUAUAGGAUUUUUGGCAGCUCAAGUUGACAACAAAAUGAGUUCAAAUCAUGAAGAGGAAGCAGCUAACCAUUACCGACUUACACUUUGAUGUGCUAAAACUUAUAAUUGUUUUGGUGGCUAAUUCAUCAAAUGGGGCAGCAGAUCUAGCUCGAACAUUAUCUGUUUCUAGAGUGUUUAUGGCAUUUGCGGACGAUAGGGAUAUCUUACGAGUGGUGGUGUUUGAUAAUCUGAAACUAUCAAGGAGAUUUCAGUCUCUCCAGAAUGUAAAAGGAUUGAUAUAUAGUUGUGCACAUGCUGGAAAUAUUUCUGCUCAGUAUUUGCUUGCAAAGACAUUACUGUUGGCCACUUCCAAGCUGUUGAUCAGGGAAAAGGAAUAUGCUUGGUUACAAGCUACUUCUACCUGUUUGUGUGCUGAGUGUCGAGCAUAUAGCAGAUGGGUUGCUGAAGAAUAUACUUCAGCAUCUUCAUCUAUGGUUCCUUUCUUGCAUAGUCGGGUUCUUCGCCCAGUUUCACGUCCAAGUCUACCUCACUUUAUACUUGUGAGGUUGUUCCUGGAACGAUGCAGCCAUGAUGACCUUCUCAAAAUGCGUCUCUACUUGAAUCACUAUUUUGAGUACUUUCUUGGAUCAGGGGGAGCUGGCUUUCUCGUGCUCUUCAAUUGUAUCAAGAAAAUGUGUAUAUAUGGUGAUGCUGCACGAUGUUUUGAAAGGAUGGCAAAGGAUUCCAUAGAAAUGAAAGUUAAAGCUGAAAGCAGUGCCAAAUUAUCAGACAAAGGAGCAAAAGGUAUAAUCGCGGUCCAUAGUCGGAUGAUAGACUGGAGUCAUCAAUGUAGUGCCAGGCAGAGAGAGAUGGAAGAUAUGUUAAGAGGAAGGAGAGAAUAUGAUGGUGAGCCUCUUGAUUUUGAUAAGAUAUUUGCUACCUUAACUAAGGAGUUUGAAACAACUACUGCUGUUAAGGAAGAGUGCCCAAAUGACAUAUGGUACAAAUCACCACAUGUGGUAGCUAUAAUCUUUGGCAGACUUGAGGCAAUGUUCACAGAAAAUAGCAGGGUAGCAUUUGAAAAUGUAGAAACCAACCGGGGUUUUGCAAUUUCGUUGUUUGAUCAAUUAUUCCCUUGAAAAUAUGUACCCUUUGCAGGAUUUGAAACUGUCAAAAGAGAUCAACUAGUAUCUUGCUUUUGUUAUAUAGAUGAUCAUGUGAUGUUCUUUACUCUUUCC